AUGACCGCCAAAUCCGGUAAUCCACGACGGAGCCAAAUCGCAGAGGCACGGGAGGAGCAGGACCAGAACUGUAUAACCUUUGAGGAUCUGUUCCUGCAUUUUUCUUCAGAGGAGUGUGAAAUACUGGGCAAUGAUCAGAAGCUCAUGUACUAUGAAGUAAUGAUGUCAGUAUAUCACGAUGUACUCUCACUGGGAAUUCCCGUGUCCAGAUCCUUCCAAGAGUCCAGGACAACUCGAGAGCCCUGGAGAGGUUUCUUGUUUAACAUGUUCCAAAUGUUAAUGGGAAGGAAUAAUGAACUGGUUCCGGGUCCUUCUUCUACAAACCGCACUGAGGGUGAACCUUCUGGGCGUAGUGAUUUGGUACGAGUAUUAGAGGAGAGGCCUGAGCAGGGCAGUUUGGUAAGGGGAUCACAGGAGUGGCCUGGGCAGGGCAGUUCGGUAAAUGGAUCACAGGAGAGGCCUUCUCAAGGCAAUCCUUGCACCCCAGUGGAACACAGAUGUGAAAUGUAUGAGGCAAUUUUGAAAGAGUUAUUACCCCUGGCUGUACAGUUGGGAACACCCACUGGGCAGCAAAGGCAGUAUACUUGCAAGACAUGUGGGAAAGUCUUCUGCUUUCUUUUGCAGCACAAUAUUGCCAGACCCGGUAGAAGGGAAAGGGGAGAGCACUCAUUUAUGACAGAGAGUAGAUUUCAGGGGCGAGAAAACACUGUCACUUGCACUGCAUUUGUCCAUCACCAGGCCACUGAUGACACUGAGAUGCCACUUCUGGAGAAUGAGUCUAGGGAGGUCUCUAGCACUGAAAAAGUGUACAAAUGCAGGAAAUGUCCAAUGGUUUUCAUUGACAAAUGUAGUUUUUUUCAACACCAGUUAGUACACAGCAAACAUAACUGUGAGGAAUGUGAAAAGACCUUCCCAUUUGAAAAUAGACUAGCUCAACACAAAAAAUUUCACAGUGGAGAAAGGCCUCAUGCAUGCCCAAUGUGUGGGGACACUUUCCGCCGUAAAUUUACACUUAAUGCACAUCUAAAACUCCACACUGAUGGAAAAAUCUGUGGAGAAUGUGGGUUUGAGGUCAGUGGCCAAGGUCGACUUAAAAUGCACAAUAAAAUUCACAGUGAUGAUAGGCCCUAUGUGUGCACUGAAUGUGGAAGAGUCUUUGUCUAUAAGUCACAACUUGCAAAACACAAGGAAAUUCAUAGCAGAGAAAAGUCAGCAAAUUAG